GGGCGAGCAAAACGCCGCGCGUGCCCUCAAAGAGGCGGCCGAAGUGAUCAGCGAAUCGCCGGCCGCUCUUCAGCUCCGGUAUCUCCAGACACUCAACUCAAUCGCCGCCGAAAAGAAUUCCACAAUUAUUUUCCCGAUACCAAUGGAAUUGUUUCGCGGUUUUAUGACUACUGUCGGUCCGAAAGUCGGUCAGACAUCGGCUCCCGUCGAACCCAACGCUUAAAUCACACAAAAUAUUUGUUUUUUAUCUCAUAUUUUCUCGUUUUUUAUAACACAAUACUUAUUACACAUUCAAUACUUUGGAAAUUUUUAUUUGCCGUAAAAAAGUGGCUUUUAUUGAAUAUUCGGACAAAUAUUAGGACUAUUUUGUGG